AUGAAGGCUAUAUAUAUCCUCUGUUCACUUGCAGUUACCAUUGCUACUACAGCUGCAACAAAGACUUGCGCCCCUUUCCCCGCUACAAUGGACAUCUUCACCUCCGGCUUUGAGGAACCUGUGCCUCCAUUGGUCAAAUCCAAGUACAAUACCAGUUUCAUCCAGCACAAAUGGAACUCAAACCUCUCUCACAUAACAUCCGGCUACAUCUACAACCUCCCCGACCAAGAGCAAGUCAUCGCCAACGAAGCCUACGCCGGCAACCUCGCCGCAUCCACAUUCAACUAUGCAAACAUCUCUCAAGAUGGCUUGGUUGACAAUAUAAUCAUUUACAUCCCCAUUGAUGGCAACGAUACUGCUAGCUCUGCGAUGUAUCGGGGAUACGUCAAUCCUGGGUUUCCGCUCAUCAAGGAUGAUUUUUUUGGUUUCCAACGGGGCUGCGUUUGGAGGAUUGGUGCGGAGGGAGCUGUUGCCUCAUAA